AUGUCUGCUAAAUUCCAAGAUUACAAAGAUAGUUUGGAGCGUAGUCUCAACGACAAAGGAAAGCCAUGGACGAAAUAUUUCGAAUUGGCUGAACAAAAAACCGGCGUAAACCGAGUCUAUAUCUUCGUUGGUAUGGUGGCGUUCACUGGUUUAUAUUUAGUGUUCGGGUUUGGAGCUGAAUUGAUUUGCAACUCGAUUGGCUUCGUGUACCCGGCGUAUAUGUCUAUGAGGGCCCUAGAGUCGCCGAAUAAAGAAGAUGACACUAAAUGGCUGACGUACUGGGUGGUGUUUGCAUGCUUCUCAGUUGUGGAGUACUUCUCGGACUUCAUUGUGGGAUGGUUCCCUCUGUAUUGGCUCAUAAAGUGCAUCUUCGUCAUAUGGUGUUACCUGCCGACGGACUUCAACGGCUCGCUGAUCAUCUACAACCGCAUCAUCCGCCCAUACUACCAGAAACACCACAACCGCAUCGAUGACAUUGCCAACUCUGCCAGCCGCUUGGUAGCAGACGCAGUAAGGAAGAACAACUAA